UACCGAUAUUGGUAAGUCAACCUAGCGAAUCCAAGUCAUCCUCGAUGUUUUAAGGUUAGAACAAGCCAAGUGACAAUUUGGAAAGGAAGUAAAGUGUCUCUAUGCUGUUGUGAUACUUGAUCCUGCGCUGAUACGAAAUUUGGGAGAUUAUUGGACCUUACUCCAGUGUUGACGUAUUUGACAAGAUGGCUUCCCCACAGGUGGAGCUACAAAAUACAAACAACCAUACUAGUCAUGCUAAUGCUGCCGACAUCAAGGCUUCUGCCGCGGCAAAUGACCAGGGUUGGAAAGCCCAACUUAAAAAGCCACCAAAAGAUUGUAGAGUCAGAACCUCUGAUGUGACUAAUACCAAAGGAAAUGAAUUUGAAGAUUUCUGCCUGAAACGCGAACUUCUUAUGGGUAUAUUCGAGAAAGGUUGGGAAAAACCCUCUCCUAUUCAAGAAGCUAGCAUUCCUAUUGCACUAACAGGGCGUGAUGUUUUGGCAAGAGCCAAGAAUGGUACUGGAAAAACGGGUGCCUACGCAAUUCCAAUUAUAGAAAGAACCGACUCUUCACGAGAUGAAGUACAAUCGAUGAUAAUAGUACCCACGAGAGAGCUGGCACUACAGACUAGUCAGAUAUGUAUAGAACUGUGCAAGCAUCUGGGCUGUAAAGUCAUGGUCACAACCGGUGGAACAAAUCUCAAAGAUGACAUCAUGAGGUUGUAUGAUCCAGUGCAUGUUAUUAUCGCCACCCCAGGGCGUAUCCUUGAUCUCAUGAACAAGAAUUUGGUGAAGAUGGGCAAAUGUGGCAUAUUAGUUCUUGAUGAGGCAGACAAGCUGUUGUCUCAGGACUUCAAGGGGAUGUUGGACAACAUUAUCAGCCAUCUACCACCAGACAGACAAAUCCUGCUCUACUCGGCUACCUUCCCUCUUACUGUGGAGCAGUUUAUGAGGAAACACUUGAAAACCCCCUAUGAGAUUAACUUGAUGGACGAACUGACACUGAAGGGUGUAACACAGUAUUAUGCAUUUGUACAAGAAAAACAGAAGGUUCACUGUCUCAACACAUUAUUUUCAAAGCUCCAAAUCAACCAGUCCAUCAUCUUCUGUAACUCGACAAACCGUGUGGAGCUGUUGGCCAAGAAGAUUACAGAGUUGGGUUACUCCUGCUACUACAUCCAUGCCAAGAUGAACCAGCAACAUCGUAACCGUGUGUUCCACGACUUUAGGCAGGGGCUCUGUCGCAACCUCGUCUGCUCAGAUCUGUUUACGAGAGGUAUUGACAUUCAAGCUGUCAAUGUUGUAAUCAACUUUGACUUCCCGAAGCACGCAGAAACAUACCUCCACAGAAUUGGUCGAUCAGGAAGAUACGGCCACCUUGGCGUUGCCAUAAAUCUGAUUACUUAUGAUGACAGAUUCGCUUUACACAAAAUCGAGCAAGAACUGGGCACAGAAAUCAAACCAAUCCCCAAACAGAUUGACCCCUCAUUGUAUGUGGCUGAGUACGGAAUGGAGAGAGAGGAUGAUGAUGAUCCACGCACAGGGGCAACAGCCGGGGGCAACUGAAUCAGCCACCGUCCAGCCCCGCCCUCUCCCCACUUCCCUCCCUCCAUCCCUCCUCCCUCUGUUGACUACAGCAAAUGCCAAACCCUGUAUAUAGACUUGUACCUAUCACACGAAGAUGCAGCGGAAGAUGCAGCAGCAGCAGUACCACACCCAAGCCUGACCUACCGGCAAACAGUGGGUAAAUCAAGCCAUUGUCAGCGCUGGAGUGCUCUUUGUUUUUGUUUAUUUUAUUAUUUAUUACUGUAAACGACAAGGCUGAUGCCUUGUCUGAGUGCAACUUCCAGUUUUGAUGUUCAGCUCAUGAUUACAAAUUUGAAAGAUGUCAGGAUUGCGCUUUGGAGGACUUGAAGACGAAGCAGUUGCUGGAAGUAUGAGGACAGUGUUUCUUGUUUGGAGCUGUUGAGUUUUACUUUCUGUGCAUGCUGAGUGCUGUCUGCUUGUUAAGACAGGACUAAGAUUUGAAGACGUGCGUUCAAAUGGUGCUCAUUUGUUUCUGAUGGUUUAGGAUUGGGUUGUGUUAGAAAAACUUGAGAAAAAAACAAUGAGAAGACUAGGACUACCCGUGAAUUAAAUGCUUUCUGGAGAAUACCAAACUUGUGAGACUGGAAUCCUUGACCGAUCCUACACUCAAAUUGACAAGUUUACUUGUUAGAAGUUGAACCCUUCUGACAAAUGCUAUGUUUAAUUUGCACCUGGAUUCCCACAGGCAAACUGUCUACAAUCUGAGUCCAAGAUACAGUCUUGCAUUGUCCCUGUUGCCCAGCUCUCCAUUGUUGGAAUUACAUUGACUCAAUUUGAAGCAGUACUGUACAUAAAAUACUUUGCAGCCAUGGAAAUAUCAUCAGAACUUUCAUCACUCUCCUUAAUCAUAAUCUUCAUUCCUUGUCGGGAAUUAAAUCUGUUUCACACCAACUGGUCCAUACAGAUUGCCUGUCUCAUAGGGAGCUGUGGCAUGCUAAAGACAGGCCUCUUGCAUGUCGUUGUGCAGUGGGUAAAAUAACUUGAGACAAAAGCUAUUGCACUUUUCAAGUAAAUGCAUGUAUGGGCCACAUAUUUCUAACAACACUUUUCACAUGAGAGGGGACUGUUAGCUUGCCCGGAGAAACACUGCUUGACCGUAUUACAUAACAAUAGCUCUGAAUAGGAUAUGCAUUGACAACCCAGGGCUCGAUUUAGCUAUAUAAAACAUGCAUCCGUGCAACAUAUUAGUGAAAAUUGAAACCUUAAUGCUUAAGUCUACAUGCACCAAGAGCAUGUCAAAAUCUUUCAAAUAUGUGUCUAACACUUACUCAGCAGGGUCUUUGAAAACAUUCACUACCACUAAGCUUUGUUUGCCAUACUACAUCAAUAAUCCGUGUGUUAUGUAUUAUUUGUCAUGCUUUAUUGGGCUUGACGUCAAACUGGGUACUUCAAGGUUAUGUGUACGUUUCAAUUUUGAUAAAUUUACGGUAACAGUGCCAUCUGGUUUUUGUCUGGUGCAACUAGGUUUUCAUGUCAACAUGCACCUGGUGCAAGUUAAUUCCAGUUCCUUAGAUCGAGCCCUGCAACCACACAUAGCAUUUACUAUACAAGAGCUGUUAAAAAACACAUGCAAUAUGAUGAAUGGAAAAAUAAUCUUUAUGCAUGGACGUGGCCUGUCUUUACCAUUGCUUUGCAGUGAGCCUACAAGAUUCACAACGGGGAAACAAAUUCCAGGGGAUUGAAAAUACAUGUACAUGCAGGUCACAAUGUGUUAACUGGUGAAAAAUCAGCCUUGCUUUUUCACAGUUACUAGUAACAAGUCCACUGACUUUGUUUUGGCUUGUGUAAAAACUAUUUUGAUCUUCUGUCGUUGAAGACUUUUAAACCCCGAACUAACCAUUGUUCAUUGAAAUGCCAAAGUAACUUAAGCAAUGCAAUGCAAUGCAAUGCAGAUUUGAAAACUAGCCAUGGCAUCCAAUGGUAUGCUGUGUAAGAACUUAUGGCUUCUGUUGGCAGUGUAAGGACUGCAGGGGAUCUGAAUGUAGUUGAUGUGAAAUGCGGUUUAGUUGUGCUUUUGUAUGGUGGAAUUGUUGACUAACGAGGUGUGUUUGACUGUGAGCCUGAUAGAACAAGUGUUGACAAUUCUGCCAUGUAGAUGGAUCACCUGCCUCGCUGGACUUUAGUUCUGAUGAAUUUUCCACUUCUAGAGAGUUUGUAAUAUAUAUUUUUGUACAGACAAAUUCUCAUGUUGAGGGACUUCCAUAGCACAGACUGACUGACCCAGGAAUAACUGGAUUUGUGGCGGUGAUGAUGCACACUAAUGUUGUCUCAAGUACUGGCUAGCAAAUGUGAAAUGAGAUAGGACUCUCGAGCCAGUACCUAGGGCAGUGUGCACUGUGCAUUUCAUUCUGAACAAAUCUGCUGCCUCCUGCUGAGAUAUGCCAAGGUACCAUUGUGUAAAUAUUUCAUGGAAGUCGGUUCAUGACCUACAUAUCACUUGAUCAUCGUGUAUUGUGUGACGUGAGUAGGGUGCACAGCUCUGUACGGACCUAUCUGUGCGAGAAGGCGACAGCUCAAUCGUCAUGUGCUGCCUGUACACUGGGAAUGGAUUCUUCUUCAUCAUGUUCAUUCCAGUAUUGACAUCGAGCAGCAUGUUUUCAUUGCAUAUGUUACGACUGAGUGAUGGAGACUGUUGACGAACUGAAGUCCCAGGAAAACAUUAAACUUCAUUGACACUGUACAGUUGAUGUAGAAAUCAGUGUGUCAUGGCUGUGAGGCCACAAGUCAUCGUCGUCCAUGCAAUACAUUGUGAGGAUAGAGACCUCUUGAUGCUGGUGAGCGGCCAGCAGCCGAGUCAGGGUGACCAGCCACUGACCGUACAAAUUGUGUGAGGAGUAAGCAAGGCCAGGCCAGUACUCGACUAAAACAGGACAGAUGUAGUGCUGACCAGCUAUCUUCUGACAGUGGUGUGAUCAUGAAAUGGCUAAGAGACAAGAAAUCACAAAACUCUUCAAAGAGACAACGACUCUUGUGUCCCAGGGUUGAAAAUCUACUCCUAACAAGGGUAACCAAUCGUUCUCAACACUGGGGACAAAACCACCUCUCAUCUGUAUACUACAACAUGGUGGCAAAAAGAUGGUGUUCUUGUUCCACGUGACAACCUUCCAACAUAGUCUGAUUCAGAUGUAAAUCUGGUUUGUAUUGUAGACAUGAAGGUGAAGACCUGUCGGUUUGUCCAUGAUUGUGGAUUUCUAAUGUACAAGAUAGUCAUUUUUCAGGUUCUUACAGGGAUGUUACAAGAGGUCUGUGGAGUAUGUACAGAUGAGAGGCUUGUGUCCAGCUGCCACAUCUUGGUCAUCAGCUCUUUUUGGAACUGUCCAUGUAGGUCCGCUUGACCACCGCUAGUAGUUUCUCCACAUGUACACAGGAUGGUUGACCAUUUGCAGGGCAGUUAGUGGUCAAGCUGGCCCACAUGGACAAGGACAUUGCAGGGACUGUUGACCGAACAAAUGGAAGCUGAACAUGUUUAACUUAAGUAUAAAAAAAGAUGUAAUGCUGGUUGUAUGUGAUGAGAGAUAUUUCGUCAUAUCAUUCUAUGCUUGAUAGAUAACCAUGGGUAAUUGAAAAAUCUUGUUACGAAGAUGCCAAACUUGCAAAGUAUUUUAUUGAAAGCAAUUGGUCGUCACAGAAACAACUUGUCAGUCCUUUCAAAUUCUGAAAAAUAUUAGAAUAAGAAUAUUGUAGGAUUUGAAAGCUUGACUUUUGAUGACACUAAUGACUGACUAAUCUCCACUUACAUAGAACCACAUUACUUGCAUUCUGAAUUAUACCCAAUUUAUCCCAGGCUGAUAAGAAUCGUACACACUUGGUAUGAUUACGAAAAUCAAAAUGUUUCAGCCUAUGGCUGAGUGUAUCCGAUAUUUGUGUGUGAAGAUAGAUACUGAUGGUGAGGAAUGUGGGAACAAAGAAGUAGUAGAAAUGCUCAUGAAAUCCUGUAGGUAUCUUGAAGAUGGCAGGUUGGAGAAGAAUGAGAUCUUACAUUUGUCUUUCGUUCAUAUGAAGCAUCUACAUUGAACACAGUGGUCCCCUUAUUUUUCACCUUCAGCAUAUUGAAGCGGUCGAUGGAAACAACACGUCCCAAUGAUGGUUUCUUCUGAAGUCAGGGAUGAGUUGGGUAACUUUGUUUAUUGUUACAGAAAAUACAAACUACCAAAAAAAAACUUUUAAGUGUUACCUAAGAAUAUGGAUGUAUGAAACAGUCUCAUAUUUCUUGAAUCAACAGUGGUGGUUGCCAAAAUAACGUUCUGUGAGCACACUUAGUUGUGAUUGAUGCUGUUGGGAAAUGAUAGUGUUGAUUAAAGAAAGAUUUUAUUGUUUCAUCAUUCAGGUUGGACACCAGUGACAGCUUUGAAAUUAACGUGAAAAGAAAACCGUCGUGUCCACAAAUAUGGCCCAUUGUUUUAGUAGACCUACCAUGUAUGUUUGUUAUACCAGACUGUCACAAUAACAUGCAGGAACCAUAUAAAUUUUAUUUCUGCUGGGCCAUAUGUAUAAGUUUGAAGUUAUUUAUUUGGUUUCAAUUUAAAAUUGCACUUUGAAAAAUUUUCCAGGUCACAAAUCUUAUCAAUUUCAUGGAGAUUAAAAAGUUCAAAUGUGAAAUGAAAUUGAUAGAUUUGUGAUUCCUUUCUGCCUGUAGAGGCAUAUUGUGUUAGCGUGUGUCAGCAAGCAUCAACAGGCUUCUUGGAUCCUUCACCCAACCAGGAGGUGUUGACUAUUUUAUCAAGCCUUUUCAUUGAAACAAGGAAAAACUGAACGUAUACACCAUCACCGCCUCUUCGGUGCUUGCUGGCACAGCAUGGAGACUAGGUCUCUACCACGUUUGGGCUACCUUGAGAAGUUUCAUUGACCACAAAGCUACCUGCUAGUUGAAACAAAUGCAGUCAUAUUACAUGUCUGUCUGAAGUUUGGAGAAAACCAGGAGAGCAGCGGACACUAUUGCACCUGAGGUAGAUUAAAUUCAGCUUUGUGGUCUUCAGACUUUUCAAGGUCGUCCUUAUAGGCAGCUGUGAUACUGCCUUAGUAACCAUGGUAACGUUCCUUUUGAUGUUGCCAUGGUGAUGCUGAACUGAUCACAUUGCAUUGUUCUCCUGCUUUCUAUCAAUGUUACAAAAUUGUGAGCUGACAUCAAAUCCUUGUAUUUGACGGGAAGGGCAUGAAAAGAGACGGUUGGUAUUGCCAAUAUUAACAAAUGUGCUGGGUUGUUGUAUUUAUGCUCUUGAAAGGAGGUCAAAUGUUCUCAAAGAGAAGGGAAGAAAGUGCCCCAAUCCACAAAGUGUAACGCUAGGACACCGAUCUGGAGAGCUGGAGUUUUGAUAGUCGUCGCUGUACUUUGUGGAGCGGGACCGUGCGGUUUUCAGUCUGUCCUUUCAGGCAAGUUCUGAACCCUUCAUUGUCAACACUGGCGUAAAUGUUAGUAGUUUGGAGAAGGUUUGUGUGAUGUGGUCAGUUCACAUUUAUUGCAAGUUGAGGGAUAAGGCCUAUGGCCAUGUUUAAAGGGAAGGGAGUAACACUUGUUGGGAGGGUGGGACUACUAGCAUCAAAAUAGCAUCAACAUGAAAAUUGCUGGAAGAUCAAGUCAAAUGUAAGCUUUAUUUUCACAUGGCCCAUUCUCGGAGGGUGUCGAAUUGAGGAUAAAUUAUUUCAAGAGUAACGUUUGAAUCCCGGUUCUAUCGAACAAUGAAACUAAUGGUUUAAACUUUGGGUCUCUUCCUUGAAUUCCAGCUUGAAGAAAGAAUCUAGGAAAUUGAAUUGUUGCAUAACAAUUUCAUAAGCUCUACAUUUGGAACACUUGUGUACAAGGAUGCAACUUGACAUUUUUAUGCGACAUCCUAACUCUUUCCAUCAUUCUUUUUUCAGAUGUUUGACUUGAGAUGUUGAUGAGCUGUUUUUAACAGUUAACGAACCAUUUUUGAAUGGUUUUUUUUUUUAUCAAGGGUAGAUGACAACUUUCUGGUUUUACUUUCAUCUUGCUGCCAUACAAAAAGGUGUUCAUACACAUGAAGCUCAUUCUGUAUGUCAGCAAGGCGAGUCUUAGCAGGUCAGAUCAUAGCCAUUGCAUCUCUUACUUGUAUAGGGCCACUGACAGUUUAUCUUGCAACAGUACCAAACAUUUAUCAAGAUCAAUAUUGAUUUAGCGAUAGUCUAGCAAAGUUACAUUUUGUGGCAUUACCUGAAGACAGAUUUGACUAGUACAGUAGCUGCUUGCUUGAUAUGGGUACAUGCAUCUGGACCAAAACUUUGCAUUGAAAGAAUAAAGAAGUUUAAGUCAAUAAAUCUGCUAUCUCCACUGAUACUACAGCUUCUCAAAUGCCAGAAAGAUGACCUGAUGAUCUGACAUACUGGUAGUGUUUGUCAAUAAUUUGAGGCUGUACCUGAUCCAGGUACUUGUUUAGGUUAAGUUUUAAUUAUAUUCAAUGUAACAGGAUUUUGCUGUCAGAACUUAUAGUCCAGCUAGGAGGUGAAAUGUCUAUGAUCUACUCUGCAAAAUACCUUGCUUCUCUAAAGGCCUUCGCACCAUGUCUUGAGUCUAUUGAUCUUUUGUAGUGUUGUCAUGACAAGAAGUACAUAGCAUCAGAUUGAGAAUUUGAAUAGAACAGUCCAAACUGCCCACCACCUGGGAUACUAAUGGUACCUGAAAUAUCAGCCAUGAGUACCAUAUUGCUAAAUUGUAGGGUCAUUUGUUUUUUGGGGGGGUCAUUGCCCUGGGUCCCUUGGCAAUCUGAAGCUCUGUUAACAUGACUCUGCAACAUACACAGUAGUUAAUGAUGGAGGCUGCAAUGGUAUCAAGUCACAGGUGGUCCUCCUUUGAGUUUUGUCUGAUUUCUAUGUAAGAACUGUAGCUCACUAUCAGGAUGCUGACUGUUAUGAAUUCCACUUGAAAUUAUCAGUAGUAGUUCUAAAGGAUAUUGACAAUUACAGGAAAUAAAGACUAUUUUUCUAGUUGACAAGUAGUUGUCCAAAGACAUCAUGGCCCACAAGCUAUUUUGUCUGCAUAAAAAUUCAACUUUGCUCAUAAUCGUCAGUGAUCUUACAGAUAUUCAAAUUUUGGUGUUUUGAAAUCCAUGUUUUUUUCUGCCAGUAUUAACUGUCCUAUUUUCACAUGUUUCUCUAGAGCUAAUGUUGUUUUUUCAAUUUCUACAUGAGUUUGGUUGAGUGAUUAAACCUCUAGCGUGUACUUGUGCUGAGAUGGCGGAUGUGUUAAAACCGCAAAUGAAAUUACGUGUUUUCAUCCUUGCGUCCUCCUGCUGCACCAAUACCGGAUUCAACCGAAACAUUGCAGAAUAUUGUCAAGAUGUCGAUCUUUUAUUCCCGACAACGUUCUUCAAAAUAAUUUAUGAACUUUGACAGUCAUAGGUCUGUUUCGAAACAUUACAGCUUGGGCAGUCAGAGCAGCAAAAAGUAAUUUGGGAAACACACUUUCUGUGGGGCUGAUUAGUAAAAAAAUAUUUGUGUAAGAAAUAACUGGAGACUGAAACUGGUAUUUGGAGUUUGUAUGGUCAAUAUCUUAGCCUGUUAAGUUGUUUGUGCAGCAGUAGUGAUGUUUCUGUCCUAUUUGUACACACUUUUGUCUCUGUCCAUUGUCAACGUUGACUCAAGUGCCUUAAUCAUCAAGACAUGAUGCAGAUGCUGAAUAAACCUUUUUUUUUCUUUCAAA